CAACAUGCUAGUUAGCGGAAGUGGGAAUUGUGGGAUAUGAAGUCCCGAGUCCAGAAAAAGAGAGGCACUUGAAAGCUGUGAGAACGAAGUCACAUAAUGUAAAUACUGUCUGGCGCAGAUCUCGAGGAGUUUGUGCAGAGUUCUGGAGAGCACGGCGUCAUCAUCAUGUCUUUGGGAACGUUUGUGCCCAACCUUCCAGAUGACCUGGCAAAUAAGACUGCGGCCUCCAGAAGGCCAUCUGGAGCUACAACGGAAGCAAACCAUCCACUCUUACACAUUACUGGUGGACCGGAUGAAGACCUUUUAGAGCAUCCAAAGGUGAAGCUGUUUGUGGAGGAACCAACGGAGUCCAAGAUUAUUAGACUAUUUUUUAUUUUCUUUGAGAAUUUUUUGUUGGGAGUAAUGUACUUUAUUGCAGUUACAUACUGUGUUUUAAUGAGGGCUUUUCGUGUGAUUCUAUACAACUUGAACGUAUUUUUUAUUUAUUGUUUUAGCGUCUGCUACAAUAAAAGUAUCGCAAAAAGUCCCACAAAAUCUACUACUGGACACACUGACUGCGACAAAACUGACGCACGAAAAGCACCGUGAACGCACCAUGUGGGGGCGGGGCUUAACGUUUGAACGCCUAGCGGGGAAACGCACAGACGGAGGAAAUACUGCGCGACUGUUAGCUAUCUGUGGUUUGAGUCACAAUGUGGCGCUAGCUAGGUUCAAAUAAAGCUUUACGGGUAUGUUUAGGGAUACUUGAGAUUGUUCCGAAGGACUGUGCUGUAACUUGGCGUCUCUAUUUAGUAAGUAUGAACACCGGUAACGUAGGCGUUAGCUCCGUUGCUGCUGUAGCUAUCACUGUCUCGCGAGACAACAUUCAGUUCAAAACAUAUCCUGUUAAACACGCUGACAGCUGGUGAGAUAGUAACACAGUAAAGCCGUGACGUGAACCGUUUGUUGUUUCUGUUAUACAACACGAACCGGUCGAGCCCCCUCCCCUUUUUCCGGUUUUUAAAAUAAAAAUGCCCAUUAGAGCCUAUUGUACGAUCUGCUCCGACUUCUUUGAUCACGCCAGAGACGUGGCUGCCAUUCACUGCGGACACACUUUUCACUACGAAUGUCUUCUUCAGUGGUUUCAGACCGCUCCAACCAAAACCUGUCCUCAGUGCAGAAAACAGGUCAGCACCAGACACAUCAUCAACAAGCUGUUCUUUGACAUUGGAGGAGAGGGGGAGGAAGGGUCUGUGGACCCAGAGAGCCUGCAGAAUGAGGUUGAUCGAAUGAAGGCACUGCUGAGUUCUAAAGAUCGAGACUGGCGGGAGAAACAGAAGGCGAUGGACGGCUUGAAGGACACGGUGAACAAGCAGAGGAGAGACCUGGAUGCCGUGCGGAAAGAGGUCAUGGAAAAGGAGAUGGUCUGCGUCGCUCUCAAAAAGCAGAUGGUGUAUUUGGAGACGCAGCAGAACGAAAUUCACGCAGCGAAGGAGGAAAUCCGCAGACUGAGGGGCAAAAUGAAAACCUUGGAAGGCCUGGACAUGCUGCUGCAGGGUCAGCGAGGCGAAGUGGAGUCCAUGAUCACAGAUAUGGGUGUGAGCCAGGCAGCAGUGGAGCAGCUCUCUAUUUACUGCAUCUCUCUGAAGAAAGAAUAUGAUGACCUCAAAGGAAGCCUCAAGUCUUCAAACGACAUGUGCGAGAAGCUGAAGCGAGAAGUUCUCUCCUCAAACAGCAAGCUGGAGAAGGCUUCCCGGGAGGCACUUCUGCUCAAAGAGGAGUUGAAGUCUCUGCAGAAAGACCUGGCCGGCGCCGACAAGGAGAUCUCGAGUCUCAAGAAGAAAGUGGAGUUUCUCCAGAAGACUCUGAGCACGCCGACCCGCACCAACGAAGCCCUCAGCAGGCUCGUCUUCGAAAGCCCGGCGCCUCUGGAACUGAAGCCCCCCCACCACCACCAGCCCGCGCGCGGAGACGACAUCGACCUCAACAUGACCUAUGACAUCGCCACGCCUGACGACACGUCAAAGAGACCGUCCCAGGUUCCCUCGAAGAAGAUGCGGCUGGGAACGUCUUCUUCGAAACACAGCGAGAAACUUUCCUCCCUGAGCAAGAAUGAAGAUUCAACGCUCGAUCCUUUUCUGAGGAACUCCCUCCUCUUCAGAAAGAAGACUUUCGGAAGCAUGUUGGACCCUCAGAAGAAGGCUGGAGUCGUCCAAACUGGCUAUGAUGGAUUAGGAGGACGGACUAAAUUCAUCCAACCUUCUCCUUUAUCCGAGAUCCGGCCUCUGCUGAAAGCCAAAAGGAAAAAAGUGACUCGGCCUCCCUCUAAGAUUCCAACAUGUCUGACUCUGGACAGCUUCCUGGAAUGAAGUCGGGACGUUUGGGGCUGAAACAAAUCAUUGGUGCUGCUGUGGCCCAGCAGGGGGACCAGGAGACGGGUCGGGACAAGACGGCAGCAGAACUUUGUAAUUACUACUUUAUUGAAAAUCAGAAGAACGCACCUCAGAAAACAACAAAUGCUGCCUUUAUUUUUUAACAUCAACAUGCCUGAUAUAGUCUCUUUUUUUGUUGUGUGUUUAUAUAAAUUUGUUCACAGUCUGGCCUGAAGCACUUCUGACUAGAAGCAUGAUUGUCUGAGUUUAUUUUCCCGUUUUCAGCUGAUUUUCACAGCUUUUUUUCAUAAAAAUGUACAUUUGGAUUAAUUAUGUUUUGUUUUUUAAUCUCUCGCUUAGUGUCAGCCAGCUCAAAAAUAAACUUUUUAUUAUUA